UCCCAGAAACGCUGUCUUUUUCUCCUCUCAAAACUCAUCCAAGCAUGCAAAUCCAAACGCCUUUUUCUGAAACCCUAAUGCCAGCUUAUCCAUCUCCUUCAGAAUCCUCUGUUUCUCAGGAGAAUUAUGAUGGGUUCAGUCGAGUUUCGCCUUUGACGCCCGAUUCCUUCGGGUCUUCCUCUGUUUACUCAAUGUCCGUUGACUCUCUUGGUCCUGAAACCAUGGAAACCGCCGGAGCUUCUCCUCAUCCGUCGGGUUCUCCUACUGAAUCCGAGUCGUCUCAGGGUGUACCCUCGGUGCCUCGUCAAUCUAAGGAACCCAACAACUCUUCACAAGAGGAAGAAGACGGCAAGUGGCGUUAUAGUGACUAUAAUUCUCCUUACAACUAUGGUCGCAGAGACAACGAAUUCAAAUCCCCCGGCUCUAGGGUUUCUACAUGGGGACACUCGUGGUCAAAGCCCUUGUCUCCCAUAGAAGCUUCUAGAACUGAAGAUAAACCAACCGGCGUGGGUGCUGGGCUGGAAAAUUUGGGUAACACAUGUUUCAUCAAUGCUGUCUUGCAAUGUUUUACUCACACUGUCCCAUUUGUUCUGGGUCUUCGAUCAUUGAAUCAUCAUCAUGAGAAGCCUUGUGAUCGUGAUAACGAGAGCUUUUGUUUGCUUUGUGCUAUUCGUGAUCACAUUGAGCUUUCCUUGAAUUCAUCUGGAGGAAUUGUAUUGCCUUCCAAAAUUUUCGACAAUUUGAACUAUAUCUCAUCAUUUUUCCAGAAAUAUCAGCAGGAAGAUGCUCAUGAGUUCCUGCAAUGCAUGUUAGAUAAGCUUGAAAACUGUUGCUCAAAACCAGAGAACGAUCUGUCCUCUGUCAAUGAUUGCCUUGUUAAGAAGGUUUAUGGUGGUCGCCUUGUUAGCAGACUACGUUGUUGCAAUUGUGGCCAUAUAUCGUGCACUUAUGAGCCCUUCAAUGAUCUGAGUUUGGAAAUUGAAGAUGUGGAUACCCUUCAAUGUGCAUUAGAGUCUUUCACCAAAGUGGAGAAGAUAGAUGAUUUAGAGGCAAAGUUUAGGUGUGAGAAUUGUAAAGAACAAGUGUCGGUAGAAAAACAAUUAAUGCUGGAUGAGGCUCCCUCAGUUGCAACAUUCCAUUUGAAGAGAUUUAAGACGGAAGGAUCUUUUAUUGAGAAGAUUGACAAGCAUGUUGACUUCCCACUGGAGUUGGAUCUGCAGCCUUACACUAUUGUCAAAGAUGGAAACAAUGAGGAAUUGGUAUAUCAACUGUAUGCAGUUGUGAAGCAUUCUGGAUUCAGACCAACUUCUGGACACUAUGUUUGCUACAUUCGGUCCUUUCCUGAUACAUGGCAUAAGAUGAAUGAUUCAAGGGUUACUCGUGUUGAAGAAGAAGCUGUCCUUUCUCAGGAAGCCUACAUUUUGCUAUAUGCAAAGAAGGGUGUACCUUGGUUUUCGACUGCAAUAGAAGUACAGAAGCCCUGUGUAGACCAUGGAACCUCUGAUUCUUCACCCAAGUCUGUUCUAGAUGACAUAGAUAGUGCUGAUUGUGGUGCUAAUGAAUCUAAAAAUGUUGCCGAUCAAGCCUUAUCUCAGUUCUCUUGUGAAACACAUUGUGAAGCUAAGGUUGAUGAAUCAAUUUUUGUCGGUGAUGGGAUUUCUAGAGUGCCUGCAAAUGAAUCAGAAUUUCGUGUAUUGAAGUCCAUUGACUCCAUGGAUGAUAUUCCUAUGACCGAUGCUUCUACACCACCACCAAAGUCAACCAAUUAUUCUGAUGAAGCUAUAAAUGGUGGUAGUUCCCCUUUGAUGCCUUCCAAAUCUCAGACUGACCUUUCAGGAUGUAUUCCACGAGUUCAUUCGAAAGACGAGAAGCGCGGGGGUGUUUGCAGAAGAGCAACGGUCAACAAGACACCCGAGAUGGAUCAAGGAAGAAUCGAAGCGAUGAGAUACGCCAAAAGGAUGCCUAGUGCACGAGGAGCAAGGUUAAUGGCUCUGCUCACUCCAAAACCUGCAGGUAAAGCAAAGAAAAGAAUGGGAUCAUCUCCUUGCAAAAGGGUCAGCCCUCGGACCAAAGGCAACCAUAAUCUUAUGCGUUCGGUUCCCGUCCCACGUUGAACGGUUUGCAAGCCAUUAUGCUUAAAUUUUAAUGGUUGAUUCUUGGCCAUCCCGUAGGGGCUCCUGGUUUAAUUUUAGACUUCUGGUCGGGGAAAAUGUAAAUCCAGGAUUUUUUGGUAGUAAAUAUUAUUGAUUUGAUA